AUGAGUGAAAUAAAAUCACCGCUAUUUUCCCUGAAAUCUUUUCGUCUUCGCUUCGGUCUUUUGUUGACUUUUGGAUUAUGGGCGGUGUGGACAAUGAGACUGAAUUUGAAUAUGGCAAUUCCGUGCAUGGUAAAACCAAAAUUUGCAUCAGUAUCACAUGGUAACAGUUCACUCGUCUCAAUUGCGUUCAGCUCUGCAAAAUGUGAGCGAUCCAGUGGUAAUCUGACAGUGAUGGGAUAUAAUGGUGAUCUCGAUUGGAGUCCCUCAAUGCAAUCUCUUCUUUUCUCCGCCAGUUUUUAUUCUUCAUUUGUCACCGCUUUCUUUGCCGGAUACAUUGUGGAUCGUUUUGAACCAAAAAAGUCGUUGAUUGCGGCAUCUCUGAUCUACACAAUGAUUGGUUAUCUCUCUCCAAUCAUUGCCAAUCACUCAUUUUGGUCUUUCUUCUCAUUGCGACUUUUACUUGGAUUGGUUGAUAGUUUUAUCUUUCCUUGCUUAAACAGUUUGGCUGCUAGAUGGUUUCCACGAAAUGAAAAAGCGACGAUUACAGGGAUUUAUACAUCAGGAAUUCAGCUAGCAGCUGGUGGCUCCUCUUUGAUCAGCUCUUUCUUGUGCUUAUCCGUCUUUGGCUGGCCUUCAAUCUUCUAUUUCUUUGCUAUAAUGGGCACAAUUUGGUGUAUUUUGUGUGGUCUCCUUGUCACAAAUUGGCCUCAAAAGAGUCGUUUCGUCAAUGAAGAUGAGAAGAAAUAUCUAGAGCUUCACACUAAAUCGACAAAGAAAAUUUCGAAAAACAUAACAAUGCCCUGGAAAGAAAUCUUGUUGUCAAAAGAAGUGUUCGCUUGCAAUUUCUGCAAUUUCUCUUCAAAUUUCGUCCUCAACCUCAAUCAACUCUUUUUGCCGACUUUUCUCAAAGAAGUUCUUUUGCUGCCGAUGCACUAUAACGGUUUCUACACAAUGAUCCCUUUCUGUGCCGAGUUUCUCUCAAAGAACACAAUGGGAAUUUUGUCAGAUUAUUUGAAGAGAACAAAAGGCAUAAAUGCUACAAAGCUCGGGAAAAUUUUCCAGUCAGUCAGUUCUUUUGGCUCGGCAAUCGGUCUACUUUUACUCGUUUCAAUUCCAACAUGUGAACGACCAUCGAUCGCGAUACCGUUUAUGAUAUUAUAUGGUUUAACCUUUUCUUGCCUGUCUCCAGGGUAUUACACGUCGGUGAUCUCGAUCGCGCCCGCCUACACAGGAACAAUCACUUCAAUGGGUCAAAUCUUGGGCGGAUUUGGCAAUCUUGCAGCGCCACUCUCAUUAGCGUUGACGAGUUAUUUGGAAAUCGAGAAUCGGUGGCUGAUCGUUUAUGGAACGGCUGCUUGUUGUCAAAUCGUCGCUGGUCUUAUUUUUCUGUUCUGGGGAUCGUCUGAAGUCCUGCCUUGGGCUGAAGAAAAGUCGGUACAACAAGAACAAGAGAAAAAAGUUGACGAAAACAAUGGAAAGUUU